AUGACAAAGCAAAUUACAGAAACACGCGAAGAGAUUCUAAAACUUAAGAUCAAAGAAUUUACCACGAAUGCAGCAAGACUUCAACGACACUUUUAUGGCACGGGUAAUAAAGCCGGUAAAUUGUUAGCAAGUCAGCUGAAGUCCAAAUAUCUUCAAACGAAAAUCCCAUAUAUUCUCUCAAAAGCACAGAUAAAAAUAUAUAACCCUACCGACAUAGUGAAUGAACUAGCAUCUUUCUAUGAGGAUCUAUACAACCUGAACGCAAACGAGAAUACGCACACUCCAGACGAAACAGAAAUUCAAACUUUUCUAGAACGGAUACAACUGCCAAAAAUCUCACAGCAACAAAAUAACUUGCUCACAGCCCCGUUUACGGAAUCCGAGGUAGCUGCGGCUAUCAAAUCCCUCCCUAAGCACAAAGCCCCUGGCCCAGACGGACUCCCGAAUUACUAUUAUCUUAAACUAG